UCGAGUUCGUUUGCGUUGGACCGCUGUCACUGCUGGAUACCAGGACUCGUCGAGAGGAACCUCCGGUCAUCGACGCUAUUUUCCGGGUGGUCAUUUCACUGCAUCCGCUUCCGGCCACCGUUCCACGAGCGCCGCUUUUCGUCACCGAACCAGCAGAAAGGCCCAACAACAGGCAGUCAACGUGAGGUGCUAGUCACGCCAGUCGUCGAAAACUCUCCUUCCUGAGGUGUAACACAAAGCGUACCGCGAGACAAAAAGGACGAAAAUGCAGGCCCGUAGCGUUAUACUAAAUGCUAAACAGACCGUGGACGCGCUGCGCACCCUGGUAGUGACCGCGUCGCCAAAGAAAUCGCUUACCAAAGCCGCCACGUCGGCCGCCGUGCAGGCUAUCCAGACGCGCGACUAUCAUGAGGUGACGGGCGACAUUAUCGUGCCCUCGAUGGUGCAGGGUAUCGAUCAUCUGCGCGAUCCGCGUCUAAACAAGGGCCUUGCGUUUACGCUGGAGGAGCGCCAGAUCCUCGGAAUCCAUGGGCUGCAACCGGCCCGGUUCAAGUCGCAGGAGGAGCAGCUGGAGCUCUGCCGUAUCUCGAUCUCACGCUAUCAGGAGGACCUGAACAGGUACCUAUACCUGGUGGACCUGCAGGACCGUAACGAGCGGUUAUUCUUCCGCUUGAUCUCGGAAGACGUGGAAAAGAUGAUGCCGAUCGUGUACACGCCCACGGUGGGCUUGGCGUGUCAGAAGUUUGGCCUUAUCUACCGCCGCCCGCGUGGUUUAUUCGUGACGAUCAACGACCGUGGGCACGUGUUCGAUGUGCUGCGCAACUGGCCGGAGCCGGACGUGCGCGCGAUCGUCGUGACGGACGGUGAGCGCAUUCUCGGAUUGGGCGAUCUCGGUGCGUGCGGUAUGGGCAUUCCGGUCGGUAAGCUGGCACUGUACACGGCCCUCGCCGGCAUUCCGCCGCACCAGUGUCUCCCGAUCGUGAUCGAUGUGGGCACGAACAACAAGGAUCUGCUGGAGGAUCCGCUCUACAUCGGGCUGCGACACAAGCGCGUCCAGGGCAAGGAGUACGACGACUUCAUCGACGAGUUCAUGCAGGCCGUUGUGAAGCGGUACGGUCAGAACACGCUCAUCCAGUUCGAGGACUUUGGCAACCACAACGCGUUCCGCUUCCUGGACAAGUACCGCAACACGUACUGCACGUUCAACGACGACAUCCAAGGUACGGCUUCGGUAGCGGUAGCUGGACUGCUCGCUUCGAAGCGGCUCACCGGCAAGCGUAUCUCGGAAAACACGUUCCUGUUCCUGGGCGCGGGCGAGGCUGCCGUCGGCAUUGCCGAUCUGGUGGUGAAGGCGAUGCAGGCCGAAGGUACGGAACUGCAGGCAGCACGCGAUAAGAUCUGGAUGUUCGACAUCGACGGUCUGCUGGCCAAGGGUAGGCCCGAGGGACGGCUCGGCGGUCACAAGGCGUACUAUGCCAAAGACCACGCGGUUAUGAAGAACUUUGCCGACGUGGUGAAGGAGGUGAAACCGUCCGUGCUGAUCGGGGCGUCCGCGGUCGGUGGCGCAUUUACGCCGGAAAUUUUGCAAACGAUGGGCAAGCACAACGAUAAGCCCAUCAUUUUCGCCCUAUCCAAUCCUACCUCCAAGGCGGAGUGUACAGCUCAGGCGGCGUAUGAUAAUACAGAGGGACGUUGCAUUUUCGCUUCCGGAUCUCCGUUCCCGCCGGUCAAGUACGGUGGAAAAACGUUCAUCACUGGCCAGGGCAACAACGCGUACAUCUUCCCCGGUGUAGCCCUCGGUGUCAUCGUAACCGGCACGCAUCACAUCCCGGAGGACAUGUUCCUUAUUGCCUCGCAGGUCGUCGCGGACCACGUUUCGGAGGAUGAUCUGGAGAAGGGUUCGCUCUACCCACCGCUCGGUGCCAUCAAGGAGUGCUCGAUGCAAAUCGCCGUCGGUGUGACCAACUACGCGUACCAGAAGGGGCUUGCAUCGACGUAUCCGGAACCCGAGGAUAAGGAAGCAUACAUUAAGUCGCACCUAUACGACUACAACUACGCCAGUGCCAUGCCCGUCACAUGGCCGUGGCCGAAGCAGGAAGAGGCAACGAAAACGCGAGAGAUCAAGCCAACCAAGCUACAGGCGUAAAUGGUUUCAGUCGAUCCCGCCCGACCCAUGUUGUUUCAGCAUCAGUUUCCACCAGUAUUUAUGUUGUCACCGUUUUCGUAGCUCAUUUAUUUAUUUGAUCACAUCCGGCCCGUGACCCAACGGCACGCCACGUUCGGAGGAUGACGAAUCUUCCGCGCUCUUUGGCUGGUCUUUGCGUGUGUGUGUGUGUGAGGUUUUUUUUUACUUGAAUUGAACGUUCCCCGGAUGGCGGUGGAAUAAUGGAAAGCUGCGAUUUCAAGCGCGCGCGCGAAAGAAGGUAGAGUUGAACGAAUGCAAUGAUGUUCCUUUUAAAAUAGUUAUUUAGAUAUGAUCCCGCUACCAAGAAAACAGAAACCUGUGUUGUGAUUGGUUUCUUAGCAAAUGUCUCAUCCUAACGAAAUAUGGCACCCGUAUGGAAUGCGUGAUGAACGGAAACCGAAGGAACAGCAGAUAGUGGAAAUUACGAUGUUACGAGUCCACAGGACCGCCAAUGACUGUGCAUGUUACACUCUGUCGUCAAAUUAUGUACGUUACACAAACCCUACUCGUACAAGCAGGAAAGCGAAGGCUAACUUGUUAGGAAAGUAUGUCUUAAAUAAAUUGAUUCGUUUUAUCUGACGUACGAACCACAAAGUA